AUGCCAGUCAAUCGUCAUUCAGGCGUCAGUAUCGCCCCGAUCACCCACUAUCCUUACAUCUCAAUCGGCGACUCCAGUCAAGAUACAGGCCUUCCCCUUCAGACUAUCGAUUCGAUCCAACGAUCAUCUGAGUACUUGGAGACUUCCAGUCAAACAGCUCGCGGCUCCUGGUCGAGCCUGCAGCUUUUCAGCUCGGAAAAGUCCAAUGGGAGCCAGACUCGAGCGGCUGAAUCCCAGGAGAUGAACCGGGAGGAUUCCAGGGAAGAAUCAAAAGAGAGGAACGACACGCCCGAGCAAGAAACCAGGACCGAGCCUGAGAAACCUCGGCCGUUCGUUGACAAGCGUACAGGCGAAGAAUAUGCGGUAGCGCAAGAAGGUCUUCUCGGUGAGGGUGGGUUUGGCAGCGUCUACAAGGUCACGAACAGAAAGAGUGAGUGCUUCGCGCUCAAGUGGUACUGGCGAGGUGUCAGAGACAUGGACAUCCAGCACGAGGUCGCCAUGUUGGAGGCUGCGGGCAAGCACACUCAUCUGGUCAAGUACUUUGGUACCGUCGAAGACCCUCGCGGUCUGUGCUUGCUGUUUGAACUGUGCCUGUCAGGAAGCUUGGAUACCCUCCUCAGAAAUCGUGGGGUCAUCACCGAGGAGGAGACUCGGUAUUUCGGCGCUGAGAUUGCAACUGGAUUGAUCCACUUGCAUGACCAAGGUAUGAUCCAUUGCGAUCUUAAACCUGACAAUAUCCUCUUCGCCUCUGGUAUGCGUGUCCGCAUUGGCGAUUUGGGUUUGGCUGAGAGGUUCGACUCGAAGAGCGAGGACGGUGGCAGAGUUGGGACCGAGGGGUUUCGCGCUCCUGAAGUUGUUGAUUUGAAGCCGCAUACAUAUGCGCUGGAUGUCUUCAGCUUCGGCUGCAUGAUAUACCUGAUGCUCCAGGGAGAGGAGGCUUGGCUGACCGAGGGAAAGAAGAAACACCCUAAAAGGCUAGAGAAGCUCUUGGAUAUGAACGAGUGCAAGCUAAAGCCGAACGCCAAGGACUUAGUCAAGCUUAUGCUAGAGUUCGAUCCAAAGAAGCGGCUGCAUCUGAAGAACUUGAGCAGUCAUAAGUUUUUCACGUUAGGGUACUUCCCCACCGUGCUAAAUGAGGACGUAUUCCACAGCGUGCCUGACUUCAUCACUGAUGGGAAGCGCAAGGCGAUCCCGUCGGAGUCGGAGCAGGAAGUCAACACGAAGGUCAACGCGAAGGUCAACACGAAGGUCAAGUUGGACCCCUAUUGCGACCUCGCCAUCUUAUACCGCAACACCGACAGCUACGAGGCUGACCUUUGA